AUGAAGCCAACGUUCCCCGUUUCCAGGACGGCAUCUUCCUCCCCACUGGACAUGAGCCAAUCCUCCCGGCAGGCGCUGCGCUUUCGCCAGCAGACAGAGCUGCGAGCAUCACAUGGUGUGCGUGAGAGAGGGCGGUUGCCGAUCAAUUCCUCUCCUGCCAGAGUCCCAGCCCAAAUCCCCAUCCUGGGGCGAGGGCGGUGGGCUCACAGUGCUGAAGCCCAGGCACUGCAAGUCCCAGAAGAGCAAAGCGAAGCGAGGGCCUCCCUGGCACAGCCAGCUGGUUGGAAAGGGCAGGCGGUAUCUCUCGCAUAUCUCCCAGGAAGGCAACGUGCCCACAGAAGUGACCGGCACAAGGUACAGAUCCUCUCUGAAGCUGUGGCUGCAGCCUCGGGGGCACCGGUGCCAGGGGACAGAGCCAAGGCAUGCAUUAAACCGUUCACAGCCCCGACCAGACCAGGAUUCAAUGGGACCGAGAAGGUGCUGACCAAUCAGGUCCCCUGGCAGGGCCCCGCCUCCAAUGCCCGCUGCCCAAGCCACGCCACCACAGCUCGGGUGCCACCAGCUCAGUUAACCUCUGCUGGACUCAGAUGGAAAGGCCUCACCCUGCCUCCUGGCUUCCAGACCACAAGGAUCCAAAGGUUUCCACGGAGCAGCCUGGUGGAGCGCCACAUCCAUCAGCACUUUGGGUCCCGGAACCGCAGCGGUGGCUCACCAGCACCUACGAGAGGGAGAAGGCAGAGAAUCCAGCCCACUCUGCCUGUACCACCCAGCAUGACACCCUCAGUCACCACCAACUCUCCCGAGGUCGGCUGACACCUCUGCCUGGCGAAGGCAGAUUUCCGGAAACUCCAAGGAGGGGGGGGGGGGUGAGGGCAGGGAGCAGGCGCAGUUCCCGGAUGCCGGAGCUGAGCUUGCCCUCAUGUAUCCUAAAGAAAAUCAAGGGAAGGAGGAGGAAGGGGUGGGGAAAGGCAGGGAAGACAAGAGGUCCAACAGAAGGAAGGGGGAGGUCAAGGCAAGGCAAACAGGAAAC